AAAUGUCUGUCCUGUGGAAAACGCUUCACCUCCAAGUCUGUCCUUAGUACUCACAUCAGAAUUCACACAGAUAAAAGGCUUUUCUCCUGUACCAUUUGUAACAAGAAAUUUACUCGAAAGAAUAGUUUGACCAAUCACAUGAGAAUUCACACAGGUGAGAAACCUUUUGAAUGUCUGUCCUGUGGAAGAGGCUUUACCUCCAAGUCUUAUCUUAAUAAUCACAUGAGAAUUCACACAGGUGAGAAGCCUUUUGUUUGUCUAUCUUGUGGAAAACGCUUCACCUCUAAGUCUGGUCUUAAUACUCACAUGAGAAUUCACACAGGUGUGAAGCCUUUUUCCUGUACGAUUUGUAACAAGAAAUUUACUCGAAAGAAUAGUUUAACUUCUCACAUGAGAAUUCACACAGGUGAGAAACCUUUUGAAUGUCUGUCCUGCGGAAGAGACUUAAAGUCCAAGUCUUAUCUUAAUACUCACAUCAGAAUUCACACAGGUGUGAAGCCUUUUGAAUGUCUGUCCUGUGGAAAACGCUUCACUCAGAAAUCUCAUCUUAAUACACACAUGAGAAUUCACACAGGUGAGAAGCCUUUUUCCUGUACGAUUUGUCACAAGAAGUUUACUGUAAAAAGUAGUUUGACCAAUCACAAGAGGAUUCACGCAGGUGAGAAACCCUUUGAAUGUCUGUCCUGUGGAAAACGCUUUACUGGGAAAUCUCAUCUUAAUAGACACAUGAGAAUUCACACAGGUGAGAAGCCCUUUGAAUGUAUGUCCUGUGGAAAACGCUUUACUGUGAAAUCUCAUCUUAAUAGACACAUGAGAAUCCACACAGGUGAGAAACCUUUUGAAUGUCUGUCCAGUGGAAAACGCUUCACCUCUAAGUCUGAUCUUAAUAAACACAUUCAAAUUCACAGGAGAAAUACCUUUUGAAUGUCUGUCGUUUGGAAAAAGCUUCACCAACAAAUCUAAUCUUUAUACACACCUCAGAAUUCACACAGAAGAGAAGCCUUUUUCCUGUCCGAUUUGUGGCAAAAGAUUUACUCUAAAAAGUAUUUUGAUUGGACAAAUAAUU